CAGCUGACGCCGUUCUUCGCGCUGUUGGCUUCUGAGAGGAGAAACAAGGUUUUGUAAUGGAUGACCAAGAGAUGCAACUGAAAGUUAGGAGAGUGAGUGACAAAUUCACGGAGAGUAUGUAUGUCCUAGCUAACGAGCCAUCAGUGGCUCUGUACAGGCUGCAGGAGCACGUCAGGAGGUCCCUGCCUGAGCUGGUGCAGCACAAGACAGACAUGCAGAGCUGGGAGGAACAGAGUCAGGGAGCCAUCUACACGGUAGAGUAUGCAUGCAGUGCCGUGAAAAGUAUGACAAACAGCAGUGUGUAUUUCAAGAACAUUGACACCCUUCUUCGACAAGCCAUCACCAUGAAGGAGCAGAUCAGUAACUAUAACGGACGCAGACAAAAUGAUGCGACCUCAUCUCCUGCUCCCUCCGCACCUGCUCCACAAAACUCACCUGCUUCCUCAUGAACAUUGGGCACAUGUGUCCAAGGAAACGGACCAUAGACCCAGGAAUGUUGAAGGAAGGGGCAGAAAGGCACAACUCUGGGAUGUAAAGAGACCUUCUGAGUUGGCCUCCACUACCAUUGGACUGUGGCUGAAGUGGGGUCAAGGGGAGACAACCAACUAUCACAAUGAAGUGACCCCCCCCCCCCUCCACCACCCUUCUGCUAAAGUAACUCGCCACUCUGCGGAGCGGGGUGCACCAGCACUGCCAGGUUCAGCAUUAGAAACACUUAAGUCAUGGCUGCUCAAAGAAUGCAUUGUUCUCUGAAACUGGACGGCCGGAUUAGAGGAAAAGCAGCAGCGCUGGUAUGCCUCUGCUGCUGAAAA